AUGAAGAGUUUCUUACCGUUGACCAGAAAGCAAACCGCUUUACCAGCUCUUUUCAUGUUUCUACAGAUAGCCAUGUCGGAGCUAGCGUCAAGUCAACCCGUACAAGAAGACCCAAAUAAGCUGAACGAUUACGAGGGAAGACUAAGACUCACAAUGAAUGUGAUCAUUAUCGCAAGUGUACUCACCAUUCUCUUCUUAAUAGCGUUCUUCACCCUCUGCUUCCGCCGGUGCAUGGAGCAGGCAGUCGACGCGAGUGUUAACCUUACGUUAGGAGAGAUAAGAGCAACUAACGCGACGGUUGCGCGUAGUCUCGACCCGUCGAUAAUCGAGACGUUCCCGACUUUCGUCUACUCGGAAGUGAAGACACAGAAGAUCGGGAACGGUGCGUUGGAGUGUGCGAUAUGUCUGAACGAGUUUGAAGACGAUGAAAUGCUGCGUUUGCUACCUAAAUGCGAUCACGUGUUCCACCCUAACUGCAUCGAUGCAUGGCUCCAGGGUCACGUGACUUGUCCCGUUUGCCGCAAUAAUCUCGCUGACCAGCAGCAGAUCGCUGAACCUGUCCAACCAGAAGUUAUAACCGAAACGGAUAUCGAGUCGCAGCAACCAGUGAACCCUGAACCGGCAGUGGAGAGUGUUGCUGUUCCACGUGUCAGAUUCUCGAGGUCACACUCGACAGGACAUUCAAUGCUAUUACCUGGAGAAUGUCCCGAUCGGUUUACGCUACUGUUACCAGAAGAUGUAAGGAAGGAGAUGAUGGCAAAUUGGAAGAUGAAACGGUCGAAUUCGUUUGGUUCAUUCGAUAGGAGGAAGCUCGAGGAGUGGUGA